AUGAGCGGACUACGUAAGCGCGUCACUAUGGGACUGGUGCUACUGAUGUGCACGCUGACCGGUCACUGCGGCGAGAGCGCGCCCUCGUCGGCCCCAUCGUCUGCUACUGCAGCCUGGAGGGACGCGCGGAAGGACUUGAGGCGCAUGCUCGAGAUCGUGAGCCAGGUGGAGCAUAGCCGGGGUCGCCACAGCACGAACACGGCAACAACAUUAACAUCACGGAUGAGGAGCUCUACGGUGGAACCAAAGGAUGUACGCAACUUGAAAACAGACAGAGGCGACCAGGUCGUCGUUGUGUUCCCCAGAGAUCUCAGAAAGAAGGAGAAAUUCCUAAAACAUAUAACUGGUCCGCUUUACUUCAGUCCCAAGUGCAGGAAGCAUGUGUACAGACUUUACCACCACACCAGAGACUGCACAAUACCUGCAUACUUCAAAAGAUGUGCUCGGCUUCUAACAAGACUAGCUGGCAGCCCGCAGUGCACAGAGGGGUAGCACACGCAAGGUUGAACGCAAACAAGUCCUCCACAAAAAAGAAAACUUGGGGAAAAAGUC